UUGUAGUCCCCCCCCGCCCCGCACAUGGGGCACGACUACAUUUCCCGAGGGCCCCCCAGAUCCUCCUCCUUCUACUGGGUUUGCUGCGGAUCGGGCUCCGGCGGCUGCGGGGACACGGGGAGCCCCGGGAACCCCCACCCCAUGCCCUUCGCCCCCCAGAAGCUGCAGAGACGUGGUUUUCGAUGCGUCACAGAGCACUUGCAGCCAGAGAGGGGCUGCCUGGCCCAGCAAAGCCCAUCUAGCUGACGGUUCCUGGGGUAAUGCCACCGUCCUGCUGCAGAGCCAGCAGAGCCAUGCCCAGGAGGGAUGAUGAUGCCAAGAAGCCGACAUCAGAGACAGUCCCAAACCAGCACUGGAAACUACAAGUCUUCUACCUCUGCUUCUAUGGCUUCAUGGCGCAGAUCCGGCCGGGGGAGAGCUUCAUCACCCCUUACCUCCUGGGGCCCGACAAGAACUUCACACAGACAGAGGUGACCAACGUGAUCACGCCGGUACUGACCUACUCCUACAUGGCCGUGCUGGUACCCAUCUUCCUGCUGACAGACUACCUGCGCUACAAGCCAGUGCUGGUGCUGCAGAGCCUGAGCCACAUAUCCAUCUGGCUGCUGCUGGUGUUCGGCACCUCUGUCCUGGCCAUGCAGUUGAUGGAGUUCUUCUAUGGCAUCACUAUGGCUGCACGCAUCGCCUACUCCUCCUACAUCUUCUCCCUCGUCGCCCCAUCUCGCUACCAGCGUAUGGCCAGCUACUCCCGCUCUUCUGUCCUUCUGGGUGUCUUCACCAGCUCAGUGCUGGGCCAGCUCUGCGUCACCUUGGGCAGUGUCUCCUUCCUCACCCUCAACUAUGUCUCACUAGGCUUUGUCAGCUUUGGCCUCAUCCUCACCCUUUUCCUCGAGCGGCCCCGGCGCAGCCUCUUUUUCAACCGGCCUGAGGAGGCUGGCAGCGGGGCUGCAGCUGCCGAGCUGGACAAGAUGACCGGGGAUGAUGGUGGGGGGAGGAAGCGGGGCUGGCGGGAGGCAGCACUGUGCCGUAUGCUGCGGGAGGUGGGAGCAUUGGCCAGGCAACCCCAGCUCCGGCUCUGGUCUUUGUGGUGGGUCUUCAACUCAGCCGGAUACUACCUGAUGCUGUACUAUGUGCAGAUCCUCUGGAAUGAGAUCUACCCCCCGACAGGCAACCGCCGUGUGUACAACGGAGGGGUGGAUGCUGCCUCCACACUGCUGGGCGCUGUCGCUUCCUUUGCUGCUGGCUACGUGAAGAUCCGCUGGACACUGUGGUCAGAGCUGGUGAUCGGGGUGGUGACAGCUUUCCAGGCAGGGCUCCUCCUGCUCAUGAACACUACCAGCAACAUCUGGCUGUGCUAUGCUGCUUAUGUCCUCUUCCGUGGCUCCUACCAGUUCCUGGUGCCCAUUGCAAUUUUCCAGAUUGCUACCUCCCUCUGCAAAGAGCUCUGUGCACUGGUUUUUGGGGUCAACACCUUCUUUGCCACUGUGUUGAAGACCAUCAUCACCAUCAUAGUGGCCGACAAGAGGGGUCUGGGCUUGUCCGUGCAUCCCCAGUUUUACGUGUAUUUUGGCUACUUCACACUGCUAGCGGUGGUCUACCUGCUGGCAGCUGUCGGCGUGGGCAUCCGGCACAGCCGCAACAAGCAGCCAGCAGAGCUGGCCUCAGCCAAGGAGCCAUGCCAGCUCCCAGCAGAGGUGCCGGUGCAGGAGAAGAGUCCGGAGGCAGGUGCCCUGUGAGUCCGAGCACA